AACCAAUUUGUACAUUACAUACAUUAUGAUAAUUAUUUGCAUAUAGACGAACCAUGGCGCCCCUCCUAAACACAAACCUCCAAGCCUUCAACCUAACCGUCUCAACCCUGCUCAAACAACCAUCCCAUCUCCUCCCAAACCUAACAAUAUCAACCUUUCUGGACCUCCCAGAACAAAUCGGCGCACACCUCCCCUCAAGAUCACCAAACGAGGGGGAAAAACCAAAUAUAAAAGCCCUAAUCCUCGACAAGGACAACACCCUCUGUCCCCCAAACACAACCUCAAUCCCAACACCUUACCUCCAAAAGUUAGAACAACUCCGUACUUCGCCUACAUCACCAUUCAAUCUCAAGACGAACCCUGACGGGGUACUGAUUGUGUCGAAUACGGCGGGUAGUAGACCUGGCUCUAGAAGAUACGAGAAUGAGGCGAGGACUUUGGAGGAAAAGUUGAGAUAUUUGCGCAUCCCGGUUUUUCGUGUGAGAUCUUCCUCUGAAGGUGGUGACGGGGGUGUGAUUACGAGACCUGAUGAGGUGGUGGUUGUAGGUGAUCGACUCGGUACGGACACGCUUAUGGCGGCACAGAUGGGUUCUUGGAGUGUGUGGUGUAAAGAUGGUGUGACGCAUUCGGUCUCUAAUGAACCCGGGAUGGAUUAUAGAGGGUUUCUGGCUAAGGUUGAGAUUGUGCUAGAGAGGUAUUUAAGAGAGACCAAAGGGGUGAAGGUUAGAGUGCCCAAAGGGUGGGAGUGA